AGGGAGUGAGCAAGCCAUAGGGACCAGGGUGACAGGGGAAGCGGGAGAAUGCGAGAUAAAAAUGCUUUCGUUCUAAACUCGAGAAGGAGGUGAGAAGGUGGAAAUGAUCAAAACGAUUGAAGCAGGAAUGUAAGGAGAAAUCGCAUGCCGCAGAGACAGGCAGGGAAGAAGGAAAAGCAGUUUCCCAAAAGACCCUGGGUCUCUCCCCUCCUAGGGCCCGGGAGCCCGCGGGCAGCACAGGGCUUUGGGUGGGAACUCGGAGUUGCUCUUCUGCGCAGAGCUCUGCGCGCUGAUCUCCCGCCACAGCCAGCACUGCCGCGCUCGCCAGGUCUGGCCUGACCUCUCCUCCGUAGGAUCGACAGACCGAUGAACGGAUGAUCCCUUUCUCCCUCCCUCUGCCACGCACGGCCUCGUCCAGCGCAGUGGCCGCUGUCCCUGUGGGCUGCGCAGCCCCGCUGCAGCGUGGAAAAGCGCUCCCCCUCCUCUGCCCAACUCCAUCUUCUUUUCCAUCCCCGGUCUCCCUCCCGCUCCAGCUCGCCCCACUGGGCAUCUGGCCCUCCUCCCCUCCGCAUCGCGGGCUGCGAUCUGGCCAGAAGUAAAGGACCGAGAAAGGCGCCACAGAGGCAGGCCGGGAAGCCACCUGGUUACUAGGUAGCUGCCGGUAGGCCCCAGCCGGCCAGGUACACCUACCCCGAGGCAGAGCGAUCGGAGGAGGAGCCCAGGCAGCGGCAGCAGCAUUAGCGGCAGAGAAAGAGGAGGAGGAAGGGGGGGGAGGGGUGAGAUGCAGCAGGACCUCCGCCUCCGCCGCGGCUGCUACGCCAGGGGGAAGGAAGUGCAUCCAUCCUCCCCGGGCUUCAGCUUCUCGGAAAGGAGCAGGGUCACUGAUUGAUGACCCGUUAGGGGAAGGGGAGACGGGAAUUCCCAUCCUCCUCCUCUCAGACUGAGGGGUACCCCAGAGAGAAAUCACCCAGGUGAAGUGCACCCGCCACUGUCCCGGACAUACAGGUUGCAUUCGCCUGCAUAAUAAUACUGUACUACUUUGUGGCUAAAGCUCUGUUCUUCUGAAGAACCUGAGGUGUGCUUUGCAAACAAGUUAGCAUUGUAGAAGUCUUCAAAUCAUGGAAUCAAUAUCGAUGAUGGGCAGCCCCAAGAGUCUUAAUGAAACAUUUUUACCCAAUGGCAUAAAUGGUAUCAAAGAUGCAAGUAAGGUUACCAUAGGCAUAAUUGGAAGUGGAGAUUUUGCCAAAUCUCUGACUAUUCGACUUAUCAGAUGUGGGUAUCACGUGGUGAUCGGAAGCAGAAACCCAAAAUUUGCUUCAGAAUUCUUUCCACAUGUGGUUGAUGUCACCCAUCAUGAAGAUGCCCUCACAAAAACCAAUAUAAUUUUUAUUGCAAUACAUAGGGAACAUUAUACCUCUUUGUGGGACCUCCGACAUCUUCUAGUUGGAAAAAUCCUGAUUGAUGUCAGCAAUAACAUGAGGGUAAACCAGUACCCAGAGUCCAACGCAGAAUAUUUGGCUUCGUUGUUCCCAGAUUCCUUCAUCGUGAAAGGAUUUAACGUGGUCUCAGCUUGGGCACUCCAGUUAGGACCCAAGGACGCCAGCAGGCAGGUCUAUCUAUGUAGCAACAAUAUUCAAGCUCGACAUCAAGUUAUUGAACUUGCUCGUCAACUGAACUUCAUCCCUAUUGACUUGGGAUCAUUAUCAUCAGCCAGGGAGAUUGAGAAUUUACCCUUGCGACUGUUCACCUUGUGGAGAGGGCCAGUAGUUGUAGCAAUAAGCCUGGCUACUUUUUUCUUUCUUUACUCUUUUGUCAGAGAUGUGAUACAUCCUUAUGCAAGAAACCAGCAGAGUGACUUUUACAAGAUUCCUAUUGAAAUCGUGAACAAGACAUUACCCAUUGUUGCCAUCACUUUGCUCUCUCUGGUCUACCUAGCAGGUCUUUUGGCUGCUGCUUAUCAGCUUUAUUAUGGCACCAAAUAUAGACGAUUUCCUCCCUGGCUAGAGACUUGGUUACAAUGUAGAAAACAGCUUGGAUUACUAAGCUUUUUCUUUGCUACAGUCCAUGUUGCCUACAGCCUUUGCUUACCAAUGAGAAGAUCAGAGCGAUACUUAUUUCUCAACAUGGCUUAUCAGCAGGUUCAUGCAAAUAUUGAAAACUCUUGGAAUGAAGAGGAAGUGUGGAGAAUUGAAAUGUAUAUCUCUUUUGGAAUAAUGAGCCUUGGCUUACUUUCCUUAUUAGCAGUAACUUCUAUCCCUUCAGUGAGCAAUGCCUUAAACUGGAGAGAGUUCAGCUUUAUCCAGUCUACACUUGGAUACGUGGCUCUGCUCAUAAGUACUUUCCAUGUUCUAAUAUAUGGAUGGAAAAGAGCUUUUGAAGAAGAGUACUACAGGUUUUAUACACCACCAAACUUUGUCCUUGCUCUCGUUUUGCCCUCUAUUGUCAUUCUGGGGAAAAUCAUUUUACUCUUUCCAUGUAUAAGCAGGAAACUGAAAAGAAUUAAAAAGGGUUGGGAGAAGAGCCAGUUUCUGGAAGUAGCCAGUGGAAUAAUUCCACACCUUUCACCUGAAAGGGUUACAGUAAUGUGAUGCUAAAUAGUAUGAAAUGGUAUCAUAUGAAAUUAUACUUGAGUUAUCAUUAUAAACUCUAUUUUCAGAAGUUUAUCUAACUGGACUGCAAAACUUGCUUAUGGGGCUGGUGUAUCCUUUGUUAGUAAAAGUGAGUAGUUAUAUCAUUAACUUGGUGUAAUAGUACUUUUGAGAUGUAGUCAAGAAAGUCAAAACCCAAAUUGAUAUUGGGUUUUUUUUCCUUAAAAAUAAUUUUCCCAAGGUCAUAUUAGCCAAUUUGCAAUUUUUUAGGGACCCAAUCAUAUUUGUUGGAAUUUUAAUUGCUCUUUUGCACGGCCUUAAUCACUAUUGCCAUCACUUUGUCAAAGCUCUAUUUUGUAAUCAAGGUAUAUGCUAUUUCUGUUUAGUAACACCAACAUAUAAUCAAUGUUUUAAAAAAUCUUUUUCCAAGCAAUUCACAUAAAAAAUUAACAUAGCUCAUUAUACAUGUACAUUACAUUUGUGACCUUUAAAAGAAAUUGUUCAUUAUAAAACUUUUGUGGUAAGUUUUAAACUACAUAAAGUUAAAAAAAAAACUUGAUUGAUUAAAAAAUGUUGCAUAGGAAACUGGGCACACACAGUUAGAUGGUCACUAUCCUCUACUGCUUACCUGUCUCACAAUAUCAACAUACAUAUGGGGACACAGUAAUUCCUUUCUAAAAGAAAAAUGAAACAAGUAAUUACAUUAGAACAUAUAUUAAGGAUGUGGAUUUGUAUUCUGUUUAGAUGUGGUUUUAAGUACCAAAAUCAUGUAAUAUACUAAAAAUGUUCAUCUCAUGAUUAUAUUCCUUCAGUCCACAAUAUAGCAAUUACUUUGGUAUAUUAUAGACUAGACAGAGGUCUCUGCAAUAUUCUACCUCCAUAACUGAGCAUCUUAACAAAGCCAAGAUGAGCUUGUAGGCAAGCCCCCUGACCCCUGUUUUCAGGCUAACAUGUGGGAUUUGACUUAAGAUAAAAUAAAUGGUAAUGUGCCACAUAAAGUUGCCUUGUUUUAAAAAUCCAUUACCUCCAUCCACAUAAAGACCCUUUUUCUUCUCACCUCAGCUCCAAGGGAUGUAAUAGUUACAAAGACCUAGAGGCCAAUUCUACAAUAGCUUUGGGGGUGGCCUUUCUCCUUUGUAUAUUUUUGAAUGAGGGGGAAACAGGAAGAUCCUAAUGAACCUGGGAACUGUCUGGUAGCCAGCCAUGAUGGAAAUUUUUUUUUGUUAAUUGGUGGAGAAAGUCUGCCUGACAAGGAGAGACUUAAGACAUGGAAGCUUGAACAACACAUGGUAACUUGCCCUCAUUCCUCCCCACCCUCCAAUCUAAUUAAGGUCAGCCUUUGGACCAAGGGCAGGCUGAACAACUCCCUACACACUAAUAAUCUCUUCCAAAAGGCAAGAAAAAAGCUCAUGCUGUAUCAUUUCUCCUUUAUUCAGGCCUUUUAAAAUCAUUGCAAAGACUUCCGGCCCCGGCAUUCAUCUGUGAAGUUUACAUACAUGUAAAAUAUGUUUAAAUAAUUUGGCUUUAUAAACUCUGUUUCCAUAAAUUAUUUCAUAACAUUUUUCAGUAUCGACCUUCUACUGAAUUUAAUAUUUGAUUAGUAUCUUAUUUUGUACAUUUUCUCUAUUUCGGUUGAAAAGGAAAAUUACUGCUCAUAGAUCCUCUGUGGAUUUUCAGAGCAAGAUCCUAUAAUUACUCACCAAGGAAUUCUUAUUCAGUAUGAGCUUCAUUAAAAAAAAAAAAGGAGGCUUUUCCCCUUUAGGAUAACACUCUUCCUUAUAGCGCUUCCCCUACUCCUGCUUAUAUGCAUAUUUGGUAAAUUAUUAGUGUAUUAUCUUUUCUUCCUUCAUCAAUUUUUAUCCUACCCUAUUAUAAUGUGCGAUCCCACAAAUCAGAGGCUGGAUCCCUUAGUUUAAUGCUUUGAACAUAAUAAUUGGCUUAUUUUAAAUGCCUUUUCAUUCAUUCAUUCAUUUAUUCAUUUAUUCAUUCAUCCAUCCACCCAUCACAUUCAUCCAUCCAUCCCCAGUGAGUUUCAAUGUUUUCUAAUGGAUGUUCAUUUUAGUAAUUUAUUACCUCACAGAAAUUUAGUUGUGUAAAAAAUCCUGAAGGCAAAUAUUUAAGAAUUACUUUAGAAUAAUAAAAUUUUGAAAUGAUUGCACUUGUUUAUUGCAUAUGCUAUGCCACAUGCCACUACUUUGGUCUUUAUCAUUAGAAUCCUAGUAUGAGAAAGGUUUCACUCCUUCAGUAUCCAAGCCAUUUGGUUCUAAGGGGAAUGCUAAUAUGUCAAGGGGCCAAUAGUACAGAUAGACUCAUCACUAAUGUACACUAAUGAAGUCUGAAGGAUUUUUUAAGCUUUUUAGAAAAAAAAAUCUAAAAGAAUGACUGUUGAAAUAGUGGUUCAGAUGUUAAUGGAUCUGAGUUUUGCACAAUACAUCUACUAAUACACUGUCAAGUAUCACAAAACAAAAACACAGUAUUAUAAUGAAGUUUAUUCACAAUACAAUACUGUGAAAUAUAUAUAAAGGUAAUUUUAUAGUGAGUACUUUAAUGUUUUUUAUUGGAUUCUUUUCAUGAUUUUUCACUGUUCUCAAAAUAAUACUAAAUUCUAUUAUUGCCAUCUUGACAGAUGUAACAGAAAGAGAGAAACUUGUUACUAUGACAAAAUUACAACAUUGAAUAGAAUAUAGGCAAUACCUUUUUUUCCUCUAAUCUAACCUAAGCAAGGUCCGUAAGCAUGAAAAUAAUUUAAAUGGCAAUACAAGUGAUGAUGAGACCAGUGAUAAUAAACAGUCAUUUUUAUUUCGAUUUCUUUAUUUUUCUUUCAAUUUAAAAGUUUACAAUUUUUUGCGCUAUUUAUAACAACAGUAAUUUGCCUAAGUAUUUUUUCAGUGAACACUAGCAUUUGUUUUCUGUUCAAACUGCUGACAUUUUAGGCAUGCAUGCAGUCGAUAUUUUGGGGUAGCCUAUGUUUGGAAUGAGAGGAUAUAUAAUGGAAACUGAGCAUUGAAGACUUUGCGGUAGAUCUGUAUUUUGUAGCAUAUCCCUAUUCCUGAACCAAAAUAGGUCAUUGAGAAAUCUAUCAAUUCUUAUUCCUAUGCAAUAAGUAAUUUUAUUCCAAAAGGAAAAUGACCAUAUUAUAUCAUGCUGCUUAACCUCUGUGUAUGAAGAUUCUUAAUUCUUUCAAUAUUUAGAACCAUGUUAAAUAGGAAUAUAUUAAUAUGCUAUUGUAUAUUUUUCAAAAUAUGUGUGAAAAUUUAAGCCUUUUGGUUAAAUGUACAAUUUUUAUUUAAAAUAGGAAUAGAUUAUAUUUGUAGGUAUUUAUCAGAUAUAAUUAUUUUGUGCUAUCUAUGGGAUUUUAUAAUGAGUUCCAUUGUUAAGAUACAUAAUUAAUUUCUUACAAAUUAACAUAUCAACUUAAAAUAUUUAUGUUAAAGAUUAUAUUUAAUAAUAUUCACUGAAUCCUAAAGUAAAAUCUUACUUUUACUAUAAUCAAAUUAUUGAAAUUAUUUGUGCACAAGGGCUGCAGGAAUUUGGGCCAUAUAUUGUUUUAUGCAUUGUAGUCAUAACUUUUUAUUGGUUAUAUCUUAUAUAAUAAAAAGAUUACCUUCCCCUUUACAUUGCAUUUUUCCAUGAAAACAAAGAACUGCGUGUAUCAUACAAUACUGGAAACAUCCUAUCAGAUAAUACAUAUGUCUAUGCAUAUACCCAUUUUUUUUAAACCCUUACCUUCUGUCUUAGAGUCAAUACUGGGUAUUGGCUCCAAGGCAGAAGAGUGAUAAGGACUAGGCAAUGGGGGUUAAGUGACUUGCCCAGGGUCACACAGCUGGGAAGUGUCAGAGGCCAGAUUUGAACCUAGGACCUCCCAUCUCUAGGCCUGGCUUUCAAUCCAGUGAGCUACCCAGCUGCCCCCCAUAUACCCAUUUUUUAAAAGAGGCUGAACUUAGAGUGUAGAAGACCUGGGGUCAAACCUGACCUCUGGCUGUGGAACCCUGAGAAGUCAUGUUAUAUAUCUCAAGGCCUCAGGCACCUAGCUCUCUAAAGCUAUGAGCUCUAGAGCAGUUGUAGAUGGGCACUGGGAGACAGCGUGUACCUCAUUCUGAUGAAAUCUCUCUCUGGACUCCAUCCCCUUCCCCCUCACCUUCCAACCAGACUGAAAAACAUGUUUUUUUGUUAAGGCACUAAAACUAGUAUUUUUCUUCUGGCAUUUUAACUGAAGUGCCAUAAAUGUAAUUCAUGUACAUUUAAGAAUAUUGAGUUAAUUCUCCCAGUAGCCAGCCUAAAAUCUCUGCUUUUGAAAUAUUAGAAACAUGUAAAUGUCUUGGUUUAUAACAAUGUUCUAUCAGUACACAAUAUAGUGUUACCAAAUUCAAGCCAACAAUCUUCGUAGAGAUACUUUGCAUGCUGGAAUAGAGACAUUUAUAGGACACGUAAAUAAGUACUAAGAUCUUCUCUUGAAAAUAUGAGUACUUUUGAAGAUAUAGUAAUAAGAAAAUGCAAAUAUACGUCUUAAAUAAAGGCUAUGUCUAAAUGACACUAAAACCACCAGUUGAGUCAAUCAAUCAAAUGUCAUUUGUUGCGCACCUAUUAUAUAGAGUCAGACCAGUUUGUUUGACAGUCCUGUGAACAAAAAGGCUCACAUUCAUUUUUUGCCUUUCCAGUGUAUGUACUGUUUAAAAAAAGCCAAAAUUAAUGCCCACUCUAUAAAGCAUCCAAAGGGAGUUUUCAUAGCUGCAGAAGCAGACAAGUUGUAUUGUUUCAUGAAAUGUUUUGUCAAUGAUGUUACCUUCAAAGAAGUCUGUUUCUGACAAUGAUAGUCUCUUCAAAUAUGAGUUAAUCCCGCCAACAACCAGCAGUAUUGUGUCAUAACACGAUAUGGCAAGAAGGAACUGGACUGCGAUGAUUCUUUCCUUUAAAAGCCAACACUUUGAAAUUGGAACACGUGAUUUACAAAAGAAUUGAUUUGUUAAUUAUGUGCUGUAUCGAUGCCUCAUGUAGUCUGACAUCAAAGAGUUUGUCUACUGUGGAUGUAUUUCUGAUUUCUUCUGUGUGUAACUAUGUACAUGAUGUUUGCCGGUCCCUCUUGUCAUCUCUCUAAAUAGAGAUAUCAAAUUAAAAAGUAGUGCUUUUACAGUAUUUCCAUAGUUUUGCCUUAUAUAAAACUAAAUACAGUGUAACGAAUCAAA